AUUCAUUAUUCACUCCAACAGUUAGUGAAGGUCCGUAGAUGAGAAAGCAUCGACUAAGUAUGUCGUCCUUAAGCUUGUGGUUCGUGCCGGUGCUUCUUGCCACAUGUAUCUGUUGUGUUCUCGGACGGACUUGCACACAAACAUCGAACUGCGAUUGCGGUGACCAAUGUGUGGAUAGUAGCAACAUGGAACACUGCAUGGGAGGAAGCGAUUGUGUUUGCAAGACAGGCUGCGUCGUUGUACAUACGUUUAUACCAGCUGGACAAGCAAAGAAAGUUCACUGUAACCGUUGUUCCUGUCCUACAAAUUCCGCACAUAGCAACGGGAAACCUACUUGUUCUAGAGUGGCAUGGUGCAACGUCCCUCCGGAGACAGACAUUUACCAAGAUAAUCCAAACUGUCCAAAAACACCCUCAAAUGAUCGUGUUGGUGGCUUGGAGUGUGUCGCAGUGACUCGCAGAUAAAUAUUUAAUAUAUAUAAGAUUUGCUUUCUGAUGCACGCACCAGAUGCUACAGUUUUUAUGUAAUUAUGAUAUAGUUUUUUUGUUUUUUUAGUGAUUUAAUUAUAUUUUUUCUGCUUUAAAAAGGGUUUUGAAAUAAAUAAUUAAAUGUA